AUGCCGGAGCGACAGGUCCCUGUCUCGGUUCUCCCUGACAGAUUCCGCUCCAUCUUCACCUUCACCUCCUUCAACAAAGUCCAAUCCGCCUGCUUCCCCGACGUCUACAACUCAGACGACAACAUCGUUGUCUCUGCUCCGACUGGCGCCGGUAAAACCGUCAUCUUUGAUCUCGCCAUCCUCCGCGCUUCUUCCCGCCAGCAGCAGCCCUCCAGCAGCAGCAGCAUCAGCAGCAGCAGCAGCAGCAGCAAGAACUUUGCAAACGCAAAAAUGGUUUACAUUGCUCCUACGCGCGCUCUUUGCUACGAGCGCUGGAGAGACUGGUCUGUUAGAUUUGCGGUGUUGGGCUUCUCGGUCGGGUUGCUCACGGGUGAUACCGCGGCCGAAGAGUUGCAGAUGGUGAAGAAUACAGAGGUCAUUGUCACUACGCCUGAGAAGUGGGACUCGACGACUAGGAAAUGGAAGGAUUAUGAUAAGCUGAUGAGUCUUGUUACUGUUGUUUUGAUUGACGAAGUCCAUAUCCUCAGAGAAAGUCGGGGAGCGACUUUAGAAGCAGUCGUGUCGAGAAUGAAGUACCUCUGUCCCAGUGCUAGAUUUGUGGCUCUGUCGGCCACGAUUCCUAACGCUGAGGAUAUUGCUGAAUGGCUUCGACGGUCAUCAACGUCUCAAACUUUCCCCGCAAAGCUGUUCCGCUUCGGGGAAGAAUACAGACCCGUUCCGCUUGAGACGUUCGUAUACGGCUACGCCUCCAGCUCAAAGAACCUCUUCCAGCAAGACAAGUUAUUCGACAACAAACUCGCCGAAGUGCUCGACACGCACUACUCUCAAAAGCCAAUCAUCAUCUUCUGCGCCACUCGCAAGAUCGCGGUCAGCACAGCAAAGAAUCUCGCGAGCACUUGGAUUGCUUCGCGAAGAGUGUUUUCGCAUCCCGCGGGAGGGGCGAGUGCGGGGUUCCAAGAUAGAGAGUUGAAUGAGCUGGCUAAGAGUGGGGUCGUUUAUCAUCAUGCUGGAUUGACGUUUCCUGAUCGGGCGCUUAUCGAGAAGUUAUUCUUGAGCAGGAAGAUUUUGAUCAUCUGCUGUACUUCGACUCUGGCCAUGGGUAUCAACCUCCCAGCUCAGAUGGUAAUCAUCAAAGGAACAUCUUCCUGGGCAGACAACAAGAUGCAGGAAUACGCCGAAUUCGAUAUUCAACAAAUGAUCGGCCGCGCCGGACGUCCUCAAUUCGAUAUCUCGGGCACGGCAGUUAUAAUGACGACAAAAGACAACAAAAGCAAAUACGAGCAAAUCUCUCACGGCGAGGAUAUCGUCGAAAGUAGUCUGCACAAGAACCUGAUCGAGCACAUGAACGCGGAGAUCGUGUUGCGGGUUAUCAAAGAUCGACGAUCGGCUAUUGGAUGGCUUCAGUCUACGUUUCUCUACGUGCGCAUCACUCAGAAUCCGGAAUACUACAGUAUCGGAAUCCCUGGAGUUCGGGACGUCGAAAUCAUCCUUGAUCACAUAUAUAUGGAGAACAUUGAGUUACUCAGGGAAGCUGAGAUAGUGAAUAUGCCAGAUGCAAAUCACAGUGUCAUUCUUCCUACCUCAUAUGGGCAGUCGAUGGCUACUUUCUACAUCAAGUUUGAGACCAUGAAACUGUUCCAAAAGUCUGAUGCUAACAUGAACCUAUCCGACACCUUGAAAGUGAUUUCUGCGAGUUCAGAGUUCAAAGAGAUAAACUUACGGCUCGGCGAGAAAAAGUUCUACAAAGAAAUCAACAGCUCGAAUGAGAUCCGGUUCCCGUUCGCAAAGCCAAACGAGAUUACAAGCUAUGCUGAGAAAGUCAAUCUGCUCAUCCAAGCUGUUCUCGGACGGAUCGAGAAGCCGAGCUACGACGGCGCGGGAAAGCAUGUGGUACAAAUGACGGCCGACAAGGGCAUGGUCUGGCAACAUGUGCAUCGCCUCUCGAAAUGUCUUAUCGAUUGCAAAUCAUACGUGCACGACGGAGCAUCAGUCAGAUCGGCGCUGGAGCUAAUGCGGUCCAUGAAUGCCGAGGUAUGGGACGGUACCCCACAAGUCUUGCUUCAGGUUGAUGGUAUCGGCCCCGUUUCGAUGCGAAAACUGAUUGCGGCGGGAAUCAAGACGGUGGACGAUCUCCGGCUCUGCGACGCGUUCAGGAUCGAGCAUGCGUUGGGAGUCUCAAGCGGUCGCGCGGCGAAACUGCUGCAAGAUUCAGAAAAGAUCCCAAGGUUCAAAGUCGCGCUCAAAAAGGUUUCAGAGACGCGGGUGAAGGAUGGGGUUAAUCUGUCUGUGAAAAUUUCAAUCACUGUGACCAACACGAAUAUCGUCAAAUUCUACCAUCGACAGUUAAUCACCGUCUCGGUCCUCGUCGAUCUUUCGGACGGAACUUUGGUCGAUCUCCGGAGAGCGGUGUACAAAGCACUUUAUACAUCUUUUUUACGCACCUACUGA